UAUUAUCUCCUUGUACUAAUUUCAGUUUUAUUUUCAUGGGCAUGAUACUAUGUAGUCUUCUGAUACUUGAAAAGGGAACAUGAGGGUUUAGAUGGAGGGAAUGAUUACUGCACCUGGACUUUUCAUUUCAUAAAAGAAUGUUUUGGGAAAAGAUAAAAUGUCUCAGACCCCGUGAGAUCGCUGGGAUUGAGAUAACAUGAGAUCUUCUGUCAUAGUUCCCUUUAGAAAUGUAAGAAUACCAAAUAAAGGGCAUACAUUUGGCUAGAAAUUCCACCUUCUAUAAUGCAGAUAUAAGGUAUAUGCAGCACGUAGAUGUAUCAGAAAAAAAUAGAAGUAAUUCUCUAGCAUUUUUUUUUUUAUAACAGAGGUUUUUUUAAUCAAGUAUUAAUAGAUGCAUGUGCUGAUGUAUGAGCAUUUCUUUAACAAGUCACAUAUUACUAGCUGAGGUCUCAUCUGGUUUCAAGUGGGACAAACAAGCUAUCAUGUUAUCAAUGUCAUUUAAUUCUCCAUUCAUCCAUGUGAAAUUAAUACAAAAUAUAUAAGCAUAUUAUUACUACUAUACAAAAAUCAUUGUAAUAAAAUAUCCAUGUGCAUAAUUAACAGUGAGGAAACGAUAUACAGAUUCUAUGACCUGGGCUAUAGGGCCAUGAAAUUGCUAAAAUACAAAUAUGAAUAUUUUAUUGUCCUAUUAACCAGCAAGUUAUUAAAUGGGAAAAAAAACACACCACUUCUCUUUGACAAAGAUAUCUGAAACUACUUUAUCUGUAAUGUGCAUGGUUAGGCUACAGAAAUUGCUGUUCGGGUCCAAAAACUGUCAUAUUCAUUAAAAUAUUUCCAUAAUUUAUUUACAGCAGAUUUACUUGUUACCCUAUAUCUACAUGCAUUUGAGAAAGUGAAUACAGUUUUUUUUAAAUUAAUGUGGAACAAAUCCCAAAUCACUGAGGAUCUGACCCUGACAAAGCCCAAAAACUAUUAAGCGAUUCACAAAAUAUAAUGGUCUGUGAUAUAUAAGUCAAUCUAAAUGGUCUAAUGGUCCCUUUGGCGUUAAACUCGAUGAAACUACGACUUCACCUAUGUCAGAUUAUUACACACUUCCCAUGUGGUUGUCCUCAAAAGUAAAUUCAAAUUUGUUUUAGAAUAGAAAAUACUCUAAGUAAUAAAAAACAGCUGCAUCUAGGAAGGCUUAAAGUGACAGUACAUGCAUUUAACACACUUUUCUAAACUGAACACACUUCAAAGCCUGACAAACAGAAGAGUUUACACUAAAUCUGAACUUUCCAGAGUUAACUGUGCUCAUGUUUAGAGAGAUAGAGAGAGAGAGGGAGAACGAGAACAAGAACUACUGUGAAUACAGUUAUAUGCUGUAGUGUGAAGUGUGGUCAUACACUGCAACCACACAUCUAGACACAGGGACAAAGAAUAUACACUACAGGUCUGGAGAGCUGAAUAAAUAAAAAGGAAAUAACCUUCCUUGGCUCUUUUCCAGCUCUAAAAACCCCACUCAUUUAUUUCCUUGUUUUUAAUCACUGGAUCCACUGGAAUGAGUCAAUCAACAACUAACGGUAGCAGCAGACAGCAAGUUUUGCUAACGAAUGCAGAGAAAACUACACACAGAAUGAGAUGCAGAAGAGCUAUGAAAUGCUCAAGAGACAUGUUAAGUAUGUAAGAUCCCCAAAAGAACUGGAGAAGAGGAAAAAUACGAUUUUUUAAAAAUGUAUGUGGCAAGAAUUAUUUUUCCUCUGCAUUCAAUACCAUUUGGAGAAAAUACAUACAUGAAGAACUUGACUUUAAAAACAGAAGUAGUUCAAUCUUGAUGUUUAAAAAAAAAUGGGAAGCUAUGGACAACAUUUUUUAUUUUAAGUAUAUCCCAAGAAGAAUAAAAAACUUGUCUUCUAGAAAGUGAUGUUAAAACUAUGUACUGAAAUCCAGCACGUGAUGAAAAAGAAGACGGCCAAACUGCAGAAGAAAUGUAUCCUCCGAACCCUCAAGGAAACAAAAAUUCAAGAGAAAUCUAAGGUAAGGCUUUCUUCAUAGAAAAAUCUACAGCAAGCCAAAUCUAGAAAACAUUUAAACAUACCCCUGAGUGCAUGGUUAUUUAAAGUGUCUGCUUGUAAGAGGGAAAAGCAAGUGUUAAGUCUUGAGCAGAGUUUAGAGCUAGGGCAGGCUGUGUUUAGUUAAAGUCUUGCUCAAGCCGUAAUGAACGUGAGCUCCAAACACAGUGAAGAUUUUACUUCUCCCCUCCCAUUGAAACAAUGGGUGACUGUAGAUGUUUGAGUUCCAUAAAUUGUCUAUUACUCUCUUGUGAUGGAGUCACCAGUGGUUUAAAUGAUUGCAGCGCUCCGACCUUCAUCAGAUAAACGAGGGACUGUAACCAUUUAAUAAAUCUUCUAUAUCAUUCACAACCACGUUCAAGGGGAUAGCAGCUCCUUGGGGAAACAGGAUUCUAACAGGGAAAAUAUAGGUACUGUGCGCUGCCUACAUCAUGCUAAUACAGACAAGACACUCAGAAUAGGAGUUGUACCUACAAGACAUAAACAUCAUUUUUGGACUUUGUAAAUAAAAAUGAUGCAAUCGGCAUAUUUUGUAUGUAGAGAAACCUUUCGGCAUGCAAGUUCACAUACCAUAUCUCCUGCUGUUGGAAUAUUCAAGAAGCUAAAAACUGUCGACUUCUCACAGCCUCAUAAACCCUUCUGAAUCUUACAGCUUUUCUACAAGAGCAAUCAGACCAUCAGAUCCUAUCAGCCAGAGAUGGACCCAAGUCAAUACUUUCAUUUUUAAGCGGUACGUGCAUCCCGUAAGGAACGGAAUACAAGUUUAGACCCAACACUCUGGCAUGGGUGCAGCAGAUCACAGCAUCAGAUGACUGGUUUACCUUACUGACCAUGCUGGCCUUUCUUCAGGAUCGCACCGGACCAGAGAGGAACAGCCAGCUGCUAUACCUGACAAAAUGUCUGAGCAACACACAAUUCCUGAAUACAUCCUGCUGGGCACAAAGAUGUCCUAUCCUUCCAACGGGUAUGGAUCUAGCAAUGGAUCUUUGACACAGCUCUCAGUAACAGGGGAAUUCAAACAGAACUACUUGAAUGACGAACAGGGGACUAGACCACGGUGGGCCGCUCUACUGAUCCUAAUGGUUAUAAUUCCUACCAUUGGAGGGAAUAUUCUUGUUAUACUGGCCGUGUCCUUGGAGAAAAAGUUGCAAUAUGCCACAAAUUAUUUCCUUAUGUCCUUGGCGGUGGCAGAUAUGCUGGUUGGAUUAUUUGUGAUGCCGAUUGCCCUUCUUACCAUACUGUUUGAUAACACAUGGCCUCUUCCCCCUGAUGUGUGUCCUGUCUGGCUAUUUCUUGACGUCCUCUUUUCAACAGCAUCCAUCAUGCAUCUCUGCGCCAUCUCACUGGACCGUUACAUUGCCAUAAAAAAACCAAUUCAGGCCAGCCAAUACAACUCACGAGCUACAGCACUCAUCAAAAUAACUGUGGUGUGGCUCAUUUCAAUAGGCAUCGCCAUUCCAGUCCCAAUCAGAGGUAUAGAGGAUGGAGACAGCAAGUCCAUAAACAUCACAUGUGUCCUGACAGUCGAUCGUUUUGGUGACUUCAUCCUAUACGGGUCGCUAGCCGCAUUCUUUGUUCCGCUUGCAAUUAUGAUAGUCACUUACUUUCUGACCAUACAAGCACUCCGUAAGAAGGCCUACUUGAUCAACAAGCCUCCUCAGCGCCUAACUUGGUCUACUGUGUCUACAGUAUUCCAACGGGAUGCAACAGCUGGCUCAUCGCCAGAAAAGGUGGCCAUGUUAGAUGGCUCUAGAAAGGACAAAGUUUUGCCCAGCACAAAUGAAGAGAUGUUCAUACGCAGAAUGUCCAGUGCUGGGAAGAAGUCUAUGCAGUCCAUCAGCAAUGAACAAAGGGCCUCAAAAGUCCUGGGGAUUGUAUUUUUUCUUUUCUUGCUGAUGUGGUGCCCGUUCUUUAUAACAAACAUAACUUCCGUUUUGUGCAACUCCUGCAGCCAGGAAGUUAUUCAAAGGCUAAUGGAGAUAUUUGUUUGGAUAGGCUAUGUAUCCUCAGGGGUGAACCCUCUGGUCUACACGCUCUUCAACAAGACAUUCAGGGAGGCAUUUGGCAGGUACAUCACCUGCAAUUAUCGGACCACAAAGCCAAUCAAGGCCCUUCGGAAAUGCUCUAGCAGGAUCUCUUUCAGAAAUUCAGUGGCAGAAAACUCCAAACUCUUUAUGAUGCAUGGGAUGCGAAAUGGGAUUGGUCCUGUUAUGUACCAGAGCCCAAUGAGACUUCGUAGCUCCCCGAUCCAGUCAUCAUCAGCCAUUCUAUUGGACACAUUGCUGCUCACAGAGAAUGAAGUUGAUAAAACAGAAGAACAAGUGAGCUACGUAUAAUGGAACAAAAAGCAUGUCCACAACUAAUUAUAUGACUAUGCAUUGUAGGUAAAUAUGCUGUAUGAGGAUAUAAUAUUACUCUUCUGUUAUUUAUAACUAGCAAAAUCUUACUGAUCCUAUAUUAUAUUCAUUGAACUCCUCAAACUAUGGUUCCUUUAUCCAGGAUCUUCUCUGCUUUACCAAUUUAAAAAUAUCCCAUUGAAGUAAAGGCAAAUUUCAUUCAGUUAUAAAUAGCAAAUAUCAGAGCAUUGUAGUUUAGAAGCGGUGGGAUAUAAAUAAAAGAAGCUGAGGCAACUCUUGUGUGUGACUUCAGUUUUCCAUUCUCUCUAGCCUUUUUAAAGUACAUUUCUAUGAAGACACCCUUAGAUACAAACACUAAUGGUCUCCUUGAUUUUAUGCUUAAAGCAGACAGGACUCAAAUAGGCUUGUAUUCUGCCCAAGAGAGAAAGAAUGAAACUACCAAGUGCACACUUAGGGCAUGUCUGCACAGCAGAGCCAAAGCAGAAAUA